CUUUUCCGCGUGCGUGAUUGGCCGCAUGCGUGCGUGCGGUCGAUACGAUGCGGCGAUCGAGAUCGCGCUGCGAGUUUCGCGUGCGUGUAUGUAUGUAUAUACAUAUGUGUAUGUGUCGUGUGAUGUGACAGCUGGCAUCGGUUGCGCGAGAUAUAUCGAUGAAUUUAAAAUAUUCGAGAAGAUAUGAUGGGAUUAGCUAUUGGUGCUCAUGGUGCAAAUAUAUUCAACAAGCGUGAAAAGUUGAUGACAUUACAAAUAUCGUUAGAAGAAAAUUCAUGCACAUUUAAGAUAUAAUAUAGAGAGACGUAUGAAGCUGUUAAGAAAGACCGAAUUAUGCUGGAAUACAGCGAUAACCUAGAAAUAGAUAGAUAGUGACAGUCGUGACCAUCGCCGCGUCAUAGGUACUUAGUGAUAAUGAAAUAUAUAUUGACGGCAGGGAGCUGAUGCCGAUUUUCUUUAAGAAGGAAGGUGCAUGUAUCCAAAAUCGCACACGAACAUUUUAUAUUCAACUACGUGGUAUACAAUUUUGCCGCUAUAUAUUGACCACAGGAAGCUGAUACCGAAGAGAUCUUUAAGAAGGAAGGUGUAUCCAAAAUUGCACAUAUGGUACGACGGCUUUUUUACGUUAAUGCUGAAUGGAAAAGUCUAUAAGCAUAUUGCGGACAAAAUGAUGCCCAAUCAGGAUACAGCCACGAAAAAGAAAGAUAUGCGCAUGGCAGGGAAAUUAGCGCUAUUCACAGGCUUUGUAAGCAUAUUUAGUAACAACGAGGAUUCUUUGAAUUAAGCUCUGUCUUAAAAUCGCAUCAAUUGAAGUGAAUCCACUGCUGAGUGCUGAAAUUAUACGAUUUUAUCCGUCACAACGAAUAGACCAAGAAGAAUGCUUUUUCCAGUCGAUGGUUUCGAAUGUUGCUGACGUAUCUAUUUCGUUGCAAAUGCAUCAUUAUGAAAUGAUGAUCGGUAGUAAAUGAGAGAUAUGUGAAUUAAAAAGAUGUGUACAUUAACUAAACAGUAUCUUUGUAUGAUUACAAAUUAUCUUCAUCUAAUUUUUUAGUGACAAUGUCCGAAUAAUUUGCGUUAG